AUGAGAAUCGAUGAUGCCAACACGGUUGAUGGUGAAGCGUUUGAUACUAAACUAUCCAACCCAAGGUCCGUGUGUGGAACGGGAGACCUGUGCAAGAAAAUGAAACCAGUUGAAAUUGGAACCACGGGAAAUAAGGUCCUGCACGUUUGGUAUUUUAUUGAUGGGAAUAUGGAUGCUAGCGGGAUGUUAGUGGGAUCGGGCCGAACAAACACAACAGCUCUCCUGGGCAUAGACUGGAUCAAUCGCUUGCACCUUUCAACACUGCCGAUCGAAAACUUAUGUUCAUCAACACCGACAGGAGGGAAGCCAACAUGCCGGCCUGGCAACCGUGUGCUUCUGAGGGACUAUCGCCACGGGCACCGAAGAUGGACUGUUGGAGUCGUCCUCAAAAGAAUCGGUCAGGUGAUUUACAGUGUCCAAGUGGGAUCAUUGAUAUGGAAACGACAUGUCAAUCAAUUACGGCCGACUCAGUGCCAGAUCCCAAAGGCGGAAGAACAGUUACUAGACCUCAACCUAUUGCUUGAAAACUUUGAUCUCUCAAGAUCAGCACCUGAAGCCACUGCCUCGCAUGUACCGCUCAAGACAGAUCCAUUGCUGCAACCAAGACGCCGUACCGGUCGCACCAGAAAAAGUGUGGAACCUCUAGAACUUGCUCCGCGUCGAAAAUCUUAUGUUGAACGUUCAAAAGGGGGAGGUAUCAGGAAGGUCAGCUUCCUGAAAGCAACCACUGAAUGCCCGAAAUCUACCGAGACUCUCAGCUCCGCUAGAUGUUGA